AUGCUCCCCUACCAUGGCGGCAGUCUGGCAUACCAACAGCCCAAGAAGACAAACAGCAAGAAGAAAGACAGUCACAGUGAGGGCGACUACAAGCUGGUGCAGCAUGAAGUGCUAGCGUCGCCGACGUCGCGUUAUGAAGUGCUGGAGUUUCUGGGGCGCGGAACAUUCGGCCAGGUGGUGAAAUGCUGGAAACAUGGGACGAACGAGAUUGUGGCGAUUAAAAUUCUGAAGAACCACCCUUCAUAUGCUCGGCAGGGGCAGAUUGAAGUGUCCAUCCUCACCCGCCUGUCGAUGGAAGAGGCCGAAGAGUUCAACUACGUCAGGGCGUUCGAGUGCUUCACCCACAAGAGCCACACCUGCAUAGUGUUUGAAAUGCUGGAGCUGAACCUGUACGAUUUUCUGAAGAACAACAAGUUCUGCCCGUUGAAGCUGAAGUAUAUCCGGCCGAUUAUGCAGCAAGUGUUGACGGCGUUGAUGAAAUUGAAGCAGCUGGGUCUGAUCCACGCCGAUUUGAAGCCCGAGAACAUUAUGAUGGUGGACCCGGCCAGAUACCCUUACCGAGUGAAGGUGAUCGACUUCGGCUCGGCUAGCCACGUGAGCAAGGCUGUCCCGAGUACUUACCUGCAGAGUCGUUACUACCGCGCGCCGGAGAUCAUCCUCGGCCUCCCCUUUUCCGAGCGAAUCGACAUGUGGUCGCUGGGCUGUGUCGCGGCAGAGCUCUUUCUCGGCUGGCCACUGUAUCCAGGCGCCAGCGAAUACGACCAGAUCAGAUACAUUUGUCAAACGCAUGGUCUGCCUCCAGAGCACAUGCUCAACGCCGCCUCGAAAACGAAGAAGUUCUUCUCCCGAGCUUACGACACGCCUAAUCCGCUGUGGUGCCUCAAGCCGCAAGAGGAGAUGAUGGCCGAGUACAACAUCAAGUCAAAAGAAGCGCGAAAAUACAUCUUCAAUUGCCUAGAUGACAUGGCUCGAGUGAACAUGCCAAAAUACGAGUCUUCCGAGCUGCAAGUUGAAAAGCACGAUCGACGCGAGUUCCUGGAUCUCCUGAAGAAGAUGCUGGUGAUGGACGACCAGUACCGAAUCAACCCGAUGGAAGCGUUGCAGCACAACUUCAUCACGAUGGGCCACUUUGUCGAGUGCGCGAACUCGCAUCUCGUCAAAUCCUCGCUGCAGAAGAUGGAAGUUUGCAAACGAAAGCAUAAUUACUACGAACUGGCUUCCAACUUCCAGAAGAUUCAACGGGCGAUGGAAUCGUACUCGAAGCCGAUUUCGCGACGAUCACGAAUCGAGCGAACGACGGAUUUCCAACCAAAUCUCGUCGGCGGCUUGAAUUUCGCUGAUCAGCUGGCUUCGCAGACGCUCUCCCAGGUCUUACUUGGGCCGUACGGACAGCCACAAGGGCUAGGCGAUCUCACACCAGGAAUUCGACUUGAUCCGACGCUGCUCGCUCCCAACGCUUUGGGUGGCAAUGCGGCCAGCGCAACCACACUCGUCGGCCCGUUUCAGAACUCACCGAUGCAACUGCUCAAUCCGCUCGGCUUGACUGGCGCUGGUGGCUGGCCCCUUGGACCUUUGGGGCCCACAAGGUCCACUCUUCCCGAAAACGAUCUCUUUUCCAGGCAGCCUUCUUCGCUUACUUCGAGGUCUGUACGCGGCCAGUCGCCAACGGACAGCAAUCGAAUGGAAUGCGAAACGCAGAAAUCGACGAAGAAGUCGUCUCGCCUGUCGCGGCAGCCCUCGUCGCGCCAGUUCGCGCCCGUCUUUCCGCAGUCAGAGAAGACGCCGGUGAUCGUUUCGCAGCCGGGCGCGGUCGGAAGCUCGAGGAACAAGUUCUUGAAGCAGACGCCUUGCUCGCGCUCGCCAUCUCCGGCGUGUUCUAUCAUUACGAUCUCGUCCGAGUCCGAGGAGGACAAGCACAACAAUGGGUUGGGCACGCGCAACGGCGGGAACUCGGCGGCGCGAGAGAACGGGAAAAAAUCGAGCGGACGGCAAAAUCACACGAAUAAUUUAGUCGGCGCCAAUUCGCCUCUCAUGCAGUCCACGGGGCGACCCAUGGUCAGCUCGGUCGACGAUGGACCGCCUCUGUUCCUUCCUCUCAACGAACAGAUGCAGACCAACUCGCAGAGCAUGCACAGACAGAACAGCGAAAUAGACCGCAAGUUCUACCCGAACCCAUCUGUCAAAACAGAACCGGAGCACGAGCUCCUCGCUCCAAGCGCAUAUCGUGGCUCGUCGGUGGAUUUCACCGCCCGCUCCACCGCCGACUUCUUCAACUCGUCCUCCGCUUACCAACCUGCGUUCAAGGGUGAAUUGCAAAUGAAUCAAGACCGAAUCAACCAAUUGUACGGCCGGAACAAUCUUCCUGUCAAUUUGCCGAGCAGGUCACCGACGCACAGCGGCUUGGCAGCGACGCAGUCUAUUAUCCCUCCGAGUAAUCCGCUCUGUGGUUUCCAGCCGCUCGCGCAGCAGCAGCAGGCGCUAAACGGUCUGAAGCAAAGCUACGGACGACGAGAUGCGCCUUCACCUCGCUCGGUUUUGCUUGGGAUUCGCGAUCGACGAACGGAGGAGUCUUUACGAGAUCCAAACUCUUUUUGUAGCCAGUCCGCUGCCGCCUAUAACUCCGCCUUUCCUGCUGGUCUUCUUCCGCAUGGCUUGCCACUUAUCCCGCAAUAUGGAUCUAGCAGAUCGGGAGGGAACUCGCUAUCGAGUGCGUACGCGUUGGCCGCAGCUUCGCCUUCCGCUGGCGGAUUCUACUACAAUCCGCUCAAUCCGAGGCACAAUCCGUAUUUGCUUCAGUAA